GUGGCUGACUCGGCGCACAAAAAUUUGCCCCUCCGAACAGUCAUAAUUACCAGAAAUCAGCGUGUGCCCCGCCAUUUGCCUAAUAUUUCCCUCUUCCCUACACAUCCUCCCCCUCCACCACACCAGACAAGGCCACAGCAGCAGACAUCAUGGCGUCGCAAGUCCCCACCCAGGCGAACAUCCAGUCGACGCACCCCUUCACCUGCAACACGUGCCAGGUCGCCUUCCGCUCCAGCGACCUGCAGCGCACCCACAUGCAAACGGACUGGCAUCGCUACAACCUCAAGCGUCGCGUUGCCGAGCUCCCGCCACUGUCGUCGGAGAUCUUCACCGAAAAGGUCCUUGCAAACAAGGCCUCGGCAGCUGCGACCGCCGCCAAAGCCUCCUUUGAGAAGCUGUGCUCCCCGUGCCAGAAGACGUACUUUAGCGAGAAUGCCUACAACAACCACAUCAACAGCCAGAAGCACCGGACAAAUCUCAUGAGGGCGGGCAGGGGCGCGCAACUGGACGAUGCUGCCUCAGUCUCGGGCUCUGUCAUGAGCUCUGCCAUGUCGCUGGGCGAGUCGAUGGCUGAGUCUGAAGCUACAGUCAACGGCGGCGCUGAAAAGGAUGUCGCUGAUGUGACAGACGGCAUCAAGGACGCAAAGCUGGAGGGCGCAGACGAGUCCGCUGCCGACGACGACAAGAGCUCUGUGGCCGCAUCAAGCAAGCCUCCCGCUGAGCCAUUAUUGGAUUGCCUGUUCUGCAACUACAAAUCACCAAACUUCAAACUUAACAUCGAUCACAUGGGCCGUUUCCACGGCAUGUUCGUUCCCGAGAAGGAGUUUUUGGUUGAGCCUGAGAAGCUUAUUUCCUACCUCCACGACAAGGUGCACCAGCAACAUGAGUGCUUGAGGUGCCACAAGGUUCUACACACAGCGUCAGGCAUCCAGACGCACAUGCGCGACAGGGGCCACUGCAUGAUCGGCUUUGAGUCGGACGAGGAGCUUGUUGAAGUUGGCGAAUUCUAUGACUUCCGCGCCUCUUACCCUGACGCUGACCGGUUUGACGAGAUCGAGCAAGACGCCGAAGACUCGGACGAUUCUUCCUCGACAAAGGAAGGUGGUGUUAAACUCGGUGCUAAACGCGCUACCGUCACCACCACCGAGGACGAUGCAGCCAUGUCCAGCAACGAGGACGUUGAAGACGCAGGCUGGGAAACCGACAGCACAGUGUCCAGCGUUCCAACAGACGAGAUCGGCGCUGUCCCCAUCGACCGCACCCACCGCCACAAGUCGCUCAACAAGUCGCGCCACCACUCCCACGCAGAUCCCCGCCCACACAAGGCCGCAGAUGGCUUCCACUCACACGCACACGCUACGCCUGUGGCUGUCUACCAUGACGACUACGAGCUUCACCUCCCAUCCGGCCGCACAGCCGGCCACAGGUCGCUGAACAAAUACUACAGGCAAAACCUGCGCAACUACCCCGGCGUUGCCGAGCGCAUGGAGAACGCACAACGCCGUCUGACUGGGCCCGCCUCGGACGAAGACGGCGACACCAACAUGGACGGAGAAGACGGCGACCAACGCCAGGGCCGCGGUCGUGGCGGUCGCGAAGUAGCCACGCGCGCCAACGGCGGCACGGGAAUGAUUGGCGUCAGCGACGCGAAGAAGGCCGAGAUCCAGGCCGUAGAGAAGAAGGAACAGAGAAAGGCCCAACGCCACCAGAACAACUACCAGGCCGGAAACGAAAAGCGCGGCAACUUCCAGAAGCACUUCCGCGACCAUCUUCUGCAGUAGUUGGUUGGCGUGUUGGAGGAGUCUUGCGGAGUUGCGGUGGGGUAUGUGUGGGUCUGGCAAAGACGAUGGGAUAUGCGUUAUGAAUGAUACGUGAGGGGGGCAUGGGCGGCGUUGGACUUUUUACAUAUAGAUGAGGGAUUAAGACUGCAGGUUGCUCUCAAAACCCAGCAAUGGCAAAUCAAUAAACUCGUUC